AUGGCGGCGGCAAAGGAUGAUGGUGGUUUGGGAAUGCGCGAUUUGGUGGGUUUUAACACUGCGCUAUUGGCUAAGCAGAUGUGGCGACUCUACCAACGAGAAGACUACCUUAUCUCUCGCAUCCUUCGUGCGAAAUACCACAAUAAGGAGUCUAUCUUGGAAGCACGAGUUGGCCACCAACCUAGCUUCAUUUGGCGCAGCCUGUUAAGUGCUCAGGAGUUCCUUAAUGAGGGAUUGAGAUGGAGGAUUGGCAACGGGUCGAGCGUGAGAAUCUGGGGGGAUAAAUGGCUACCUACAGAAGUUGUCAGCUACGUCGAGUCAGCCCCACGUGGCCUGCCGGUUGAUUCAACUGUAAGGGAGCUGAUUUGUGAAGAUGAGGAACGAUGGGAUGUCAAUUUAUUGGAAAACUGCUUCCCCAGUGAGACUGUCUCCUCUCCGAGAUCUAGGGGAGUGCGACCGGUUAAUAUGGGCUCUAACUACAAUGGGUGA